AGACACGACGACAAAAAGGCCCAAUUCGACGGUGUCUUGCCUUUGCCAACACAACGGCCAUUGAUUGCGAGCAAUAGGCCCAUCUUCACCAGGACAUCUCCCCCUCCCUCGCUAAUUGACUUCCGACCGGGGCCGCAUCACUUCGCCAUGAGCGCCCUCCACAGACUCGCCAGCACCGGCGCCAGACGGCUGUGUCUUCGUCAAGCCCUGCCUGCCGCCCGUCCCCUCUCGACGACAUGUGCUCGCAAGUACGCGACGACUUCCGAGCCCAUGGGCACCAGACUCAUCCCCGUUGAUGACGACUUCCGCCCCCUCCCCGACAACUACGGCUUUCCCGGCGCCGGCCGUGACGGCAAGGUGAAAAAGGCGCUUGACGAGAACUCGACCGAGGGCCGCAAGGUCAGACACUACACUGUCAACUUUGGUCCCCAGCAUCCUGCUGCCCACGGCGUGUUGCGUCUGAUUCUUGAGAUUAACGGCGAGGAGAUUAUUCGCGCCGAUCCUCACGUCGGCCUCCUGCACCGUGGCACGGAAAAGCUGAUUGAGUACAAGACCUAUCUCCAGGCUCUCCCUUACUUUGACCGUCUCGACUACGUCUCCAUGAUGACCAAUGAGCAGUGCUUUGCUCUUGCUGUUGAGAAGCUCCUCAAUGUUGAGAUCCCCGACCGUGCCAAGUACAUCCGUACCAUGUUUGGCGAAAUUACUCGCAUCCUGAACCAUCUCAUGUCCGUCCUUUCACACGCCAUGGAUGUUGGUGCUUUGACUCCCUUCCUGUGGGGUUUCGAGGAGCGUGAGAAGCUCAUGGAAUUCUACGAGCGUGUCUCUGGUGCCCGACUCCACGCCGCCUACGUCCGCCCUGGCGGUGUCCACCAGGAUAUCCCCAUUGGCCUUCUCGACGAUAUCUACCAGUGGGCUACUCAGUUCGGUGACAGAAUCGACGAGACCGAGGAGAUGUUGACGGAUAACCGUGUCUGGAUCGAACGUCUCCGCGGUGUCGGUGUCGUCUCUGCCGCCGAAGCCCUGAACCUCUCCUUCACUGGUGUCAUGCUUCGUGGCUCCGGUGUCCCCUACGAUAUCCGCAAGAGCCAGCCCUAUGAUGCUUACGACAAGGUCGACUUUGACGUCCCUGUCGGCACCAACGGUGACUGCUACGACCGUUAUCUCUGCCGUAUGGAGGAGUUCCGCCAGUCUCUUCGCAUCAUCCACCAGUGCCUCAACGACAUGCCUGCCGGCCCUGUCCGCGUCGAGGACUACAAGGUCUCUCCCCCUCCCCGUUCUGCCAUGAAGGAGAACAUGGAGGCUCUCAUCCACCACUUCCUCCUCUACACCAAGGGUUACGCUGUGCCCCCUGGCGAGACAUACUCCGUCAUCGAGGCCCCCAAGGGCGAGAUGGGUGUCUACGUCGUAAGUGACGGCAGCGAGCGCCCCUACAGAUGCCACAUCCGCGCCCCCGGUUUCGCUCACUUGGGCGGUUUCGACCACGUCGCCAAGGGCCACAUGUUGGCUGAUGCCGUCGCUGUUAUUGGUACUAUGGAUUUGGUGUUUGGUGAGGUCGAUCGAUAAACGGGUGUAAAGGAGGUGGAAUAAGUCAUGUAGAAUGGUUAUCAAAGUCUUCUUUUUCUUUUGUCUGUAGUCAUAGCUGGCUAGGAGAAUUAAAGUAUAUACUCCAAAUGCAAGUUUUGCUUAAUUCCUUUU